CGGUCUGUGUCCAAAUCGCAGGAAGGGACCGGAAGUGUAGGGGGCACAAUUAUCGACGGACACUUCCGGGUCAGACGACGUUUCCGCUGUGAGCAGGCGGUCAGCAAGGCUGCGGCGGGAGAGAUUGGUGGAGUGCUGGUAUCGGAGAAGCCGCAACCAUGACUGUGGGGAAGAGCAGCAAGAUGCUGCAACACAUCGACUAUCGCAUGAGGUGCAUCCUGCAGGAUGGACGUGUCUUCAUCGGCACUUUCAAGGCCUUCGACAAGCACAUGAAUCUGAUCCUGUGUGAUUGUGAUGAGUUCCGCAAGAUCAAACCCAAGAAUUCAAAGCAGCCGGAACGGGAAGAGAAACGGGUCCUGGGUCUGGUAUUGCUGCGCGGAGAGAACCUGGUGUCUAUGACAGUUGAGGGGCCACCUCCAAAAGAUACUGGCAUUGCCCGGGUGCCUCUAGCUGGAGCUGCAGGAGGACCUGGAGUUGGGAGGGCAGCUGGAAGAGGAGUACCAGCUGGAGCCCCCAUGCCACAGGCGCCAGCAGGGUUAGCUGGUCCUGUCAGAGGAGUUGGAGGACCAUCCCAACAGGUGAUGACCCCUCAGGGCCGUGGAACAGUUGCUGCUGCUGCUGCUGCAGCCACAGCUAGUAUAGCAGGAGCUCCUACCCAAUACACACCAGGCCGUGGUGGUCCUCCCCCUCCAAUGGGCAGGGGAGCACCUCCUCCAGGAAUGAUGGGACCACCUCCUGGCAUGAGACCACCCAUGGGUCCACCAAUGGGAAUGCCACCUGGCCGAGGUGCACCCAUGGGAAUGCCUCCCCCAGGGAUGAGACCGCCGCCCCCAGGGAUGAGAGGUCCCCCACCCCCCGGUAUGCGCCCACCACGACCCUAAGAUGUUCUGUGCUGUUACUGUGGAUUGUGUGGGAGCUGGUGUUAAGUGAAUGGGCUCUGUUUUGCCCCCCGAACGGCCUAGGAUUUAUUAUGUAUAUUUUUUUCUAUUUACUGGCUGUAAAAUUUGCCCUUUUUAAUAAAGUUAGAAAACUCUC